GGCAAGGGUGCCAAGGUUGACGUUUUUAAUCAGGCACUCACGUGUUUCGUGCCUUGUUUUUUUGACGACGUCGUUAGCCCCCGACUCGCCCUCUCCGCACAGCUUUAAGCAGAUCAACUAAGCUUCAGUCCUCUCCCUGCACAAAUCCAGCAGCCGGCUUGUCACAUGACUCGGCACAUCAUAAGUUUAUUUCCGUGUUCGCAGGGAUCCUGUAGGACACAAUGAUUCUUUAAAGCAAAUUCCCAUUUUCUCCGCGUUACCUUUCACGCUACAUUCCGGAGCUGGGGGGAGGGGGCAAUCGGGGUAAGGGAGCCGUGCAAUUUCUCCUGUAGCUUUAUACUGCAAUAAUAAUAUGCUCACAAGGGUAAAAUCUGCCGUUGCCAAUUUCAUGGGAGGCAUCAUGGCUGGCAGUUCCAGUGGCGAUCACCUCAGCGGCUCUGAUCUGCCACUGAAAUUCCCGUACAUGAGACCCGAGUUUCUUGGACUGUCUCAGGACGAGAUUGAGUGCUCCGCGGACCACAUCGCCAGACCCAUCCUGAUACUGAAAGAGACCAGGAAGCUGCCGUGGGCCACAGGGUAUGCAGAGGUUAUCAAUGCUGGGAAAAGCUCACUCAAUGAAGACCAAGCAUGCUGUGAAGUUGUUACGAUAAAGAAGAAAACAGGUGCCACCUCAACGCCGAACAAAAACUCUGUAUUAAAGCGUAGGUCUUCAUUACCUAAUGGUGAAGGUUUACAGCUGAAGGAAAACUCGGAUUCAGAUGGACUUACUUUUCAUUACUGGGCCCUUUUCGAUGGACAUGCUGGAUCAGGGGCAGCUGUUGUGGCCUCCAAACUCUUACAUCAUCAUAUAGUUGAACAGCUUCAGGAUAUUUUAGAUAUUUUAAAAAACCCAGCUGUGCUUCCUCCCACCUGCCUCGGAGAAGAUGCUGACAACACCCCAAAUUCACGAACACUUACGAGGGCUGCCUCCCUGCGGGGAGCUGCUGGCGCUCCUGGUUCUCCAAGCACUCCUCCAACCCGCUUUUUCACAGAAAAGAAAAUCCAGCAUGAAAGCUUAGUUUCUGGUGCCAUUGAGAAUGCUUUUCAAAAAAUGGAUAUGCAGAUUGAAAUUGAAAGAAGCACAUACAGCAUUUCUGGUGGCUGCACUGCACUGGCCGUGAUCUUCUUGCUGGGAAAACUGUAUGUAGGAAACGCUGGGGAUAGCAGGGCUAUCAUAAUUCGAAAUGGAGAAGUAAUACCGAUGUCAUCAGAGUUUACUCCUGAAAGAGAAAGACAGCGACUACAGUUUCUGGCAUUCAUGCAGCCCCACUUGUUAGGAAAUGAGUUUACACAUUUGGAAUUCCCUCGAAGAGUCCAGCGAAAAGAUGUCGGCAAGAGGAUGCUGUACAGAGACUUUAACAUGACAGGCUGGGCUUAUAAAACCAUUGUGGAUGAUGAUCUGAAGUUUCCUCUGAUAUAUGGAGAAGGCAAAAAGGCACGGGUUAUGGCAACUAUAGGUGUUACCCGGGGACUGGGGGACCAUGAUCUGAAGGUUCACGACUCCAAUAUCUAUAUCAAACCAUUCCUGUCCUGCUGUCCAGAGGUGAGGACAUAUAAUCUGACCGAGUUUGAGCAUGGACCAGAUGACGUGCUCGUGUUAGCUACAGAUGGACUGUGGGAUGUCUUAUCUAAUGAAGAAGUAACAGAAGCUGUUACCAAUUUCCUUGCAAACUGUGACCCUGAUGAUCAAUUCAGAUACACUCUAGCUGCUCAAGAUCUUGUGAUGCGAGCCCGAGGAGUCCUGAAAGACAGAGGCUGGAGGAUCUCCAAUGACAGGCUUGGUUCAGGAGAUGAUAUUUCAGUGUAUAUAAUUCCUUUAAAAUAUGGAAACAUACAACCCUAGAUUAUUACGGUAACCGAAAGGAGCAUGAACCCCGUUUCUCCAACCCUUUUCUUAUCCCAGAACAUUAUUCUGAAAACCCAUCUCUUUUAGGAUCAAAGUGAUGACAUUUAAUUGUUGCAGGAGUGAGUUUUGCUGAAUUCCAUUAAAAAGAUGUGUUGGAUCAACCACUGUGGCACUAUUACAAAUGAAGAAGCUUAUACAGACUAAAAAAAAAGAAAAUCAGAAGCUCAAAUGUGGCAGGUACAGCAACAGUGGAACAAUGUGGAAGAUUACCUUUGUUGGGAACGACAAGGCAGCACUUUGUACACAGUUAGUUCUCAUGGUGUAAUUUAAUUUUCCAGUUUUUCAUCAGCUCACAUGCUCAGGACGACUGGUGGAGCAGUUUAAUUAAAUCAGAUUGGUGAGUUUUGUGGAUGCUGCACUCUGCGGUCAGUGGAGUAUUUUUGUAUUGUAGACGUCAACGUCGAUAGCCGUCAUUCUCUCUGAUCUACCAGUCCAAUGUUUUCCUUUUUUUAAUUUUUAACUUCGUUCAGAGCGAUUUAUUUAAACUCUUAAUGCUUGAACUGAACUUCAGUGAAAUUCUGUAUAAUGUAUAAAUAGAAAUCUCAUAUGUAUAUUAUGGAAGAAUCCUUUUACAAUCAAAUGUAAAGUGCAAGGUAUUUUAUUAUGUAUUUAAACAGUGUUGUUCUGUUGCUGUGACAUGUUGUUUUAAACCAAAAACAGCCAUACUGCUCCUGUAUAUACCCUGCAUAUUGAAAAAUCCAUUAUUAAGGUACCCAGUGACUUGAUGGGCUGUAAGUAGAAGUGGCAUGAGCACACUGUGUGCCACAGGAUCUCACCGCAAGGUGCAUUUUGAGCCUUUCUCUUAAUCUUGUAUCUGUACUGCUUUCACAGAAUCAGCAACCAUUCUUCAUCUAGGAAACAGUGCUUUAAUAAUGACGGAAAACGCCAGCUCUCAAGCACAUGAGGAGAAAUUGAUUCUUUGCAAUAUAUAGAAAAGCAAAGAAGUGAGGAUUGUGUGAGAAUUCCAAUUCCUGUUUUAGGGCGCGUGUAGCAUGGUAGUGAAGAGAUCAGUGCUGUUAUCCCCUAGCUUGGGGGCACCAGGUUUGAAUCCUGCACUCGGAUGGUGUCUUGUGUGGAUGCCACGCAUGUCAAAUGGGUGUAGGUUUGACCAGUUGUUUUGACUCCCGUGUGACUGUGCCCUGUGACGUCCAGGGUUGUUUCCUACCUUUCACGCAACGCUGCCAGGAUAGACUGUUGCCUGCAUGUGGCUGUGGUAUAGAAAAGGCAGGUUAGAGAUAGGGAUGCAUAGUUUCAUAUUUAAAGGAAUUAUCUGUACAGCAGAUUUGUACACAUUAAAAAGCAAUGCACUAAGCUGAUCACAGUUUUACUUUAUUGCAGUUCUUUAGAGGUUUUCUUUUAUAAAAUCAGUUAUGUACAGAUUUUGAACAAUGUACAAUAAAUUUAAUGAUAGAGAUUAGAAGCAAUCAUGCAAUAUUUGGACAGUAUGCACAAAUCUAAUGCUCACCGAGUUUCCUAAUAUAUUUUAGGAUUAAUGAAUAUGGUACAUUCUAUUUUUUCAAAUGUAGUUUUCAAGUACAUUUGAAACAUAUUAAACAUUGAAUUUAUUUAUUUUGUAUACUAUAGUUCGGAAGGAAAAUAAUGUUGCAAAAUAAAAUAUUUUAAUUCUCAUGAACAGAACUGGGGUGCACUUAAAACACUGGUUUGUGUAGAUUGAAACUGGACGACUGCACAAUUUAUUUUGGUUACCUUUUGAGUAAUGGAUUUCAGAUUAGUUCCAGUAUUGUUCAGGAUUUCUAUGAAGAUACAUAGCAGUGUAAUAUGAUAAACAAGUGGACCAUUUUCUGUUCUCAAUGUAAUUCCAUCGUCACCUUUUGAUUUAUGCACUCGGAGCUGGAAUGUUGAGAUUCAAUCCCUACAGAGACGCAGUGCAGGGCAUUUACUGUGUAGCGAAUGCCAUUUGUCAAGCCGAUGACUGAUGGUUGGCCAUCUCGAUUAAGUCAGUGCACUAGAGCCAAGGAUUCUGUUCUCGACAGCAUUAUUUACACACAGCACAAGCACACAGUAGACCCCAAAAUAAGUCAAUGUCGCUUUAUUUAUAAUCACAGUAGCUAGAUUUUGUUAAUCUAGAAGUAUCAAACCUCAAUAGAAAUAUACUGAAUAGGCCCUCAUCUAUUACCAUACACAUAUAAUUAUUCAACUCUGUCUUUAACUGUGGGAAUUUUGUGAAAACAUCUUUAAGAAUAUAUGAAGCAAAAAAAUCUCAUCAGGGCUUUAGUUGAUUUGCUCUGUUCCAAAGUACACAAAGUCACAUUUUUAAUUCUGAUUUUGUAGUUGCUGUAUAGAGAAGAAGCACUGCAGAUGUUCCUAUAAAAAUAAAUUAAAAAAAAAGGCAGAUGAUGUGAAAGUACAUAAAAAUUAUCACUGAUCAGUGGCUGUAGAGAUCUGCUGGGGAACAGAAUCAUAAAAAAGCUGAAUAAACUCUUUAAAUGAA